UCCUGAUGAUGCUCCCAACAAACUGGGCAAACAGGGCAAAUAGGGCCAACAAAAGACACCUGAUUUGUUUGGUCCGUGAAUAUCUAUUUGAUCGGCCAUUCCAUUUCAUUCAUCCGCUUCAUAAUUUCGCCUCCUUCUAGCAGUGCCUCGUCUUCGAGUUCGGCAUAACCUCGAGGUCAAGCUUGGAGGCUUGGAGGCUUGGAGGCGAUUGAAGGGCCAGCAGGAGCAUGGAGGUGCCCCAAAUCCAUGAUGUGGUGUUUGUCGUGGAGGACACGGCCAUGAAUCAGUUGUUUCAUCCCGAGAUCCGAACCAAUUACAUCCAGAGCCUCUUGGACCAUUUCAGUGGGGGAUCGGCCAAGGACGUCCCUUGGGCCUCCAUUGAGUGUAGCACCACUUAUACCUUGGUCACGUACCAAUCCGCAGAUGCGCUGCCCAAUCCUUUGGUGGGUUAUGAGGGGCCCUUCACUCACUCCAAGCAGUUUUUGGCCGCCUAUGACCGGGUCAAGUUCAUUGGGGGUGCGGGUGAGGAUCACGCCAAUGGAGUGGAUGGUUUGGCUAUGGCCUUGGUGGUCUUUGAUCGGCUCGAGACCAUUCGGGCCCAUCAAACCUUCCGCACGAAGCCCUUGAAAUAUAUCAUUUAUAUCAGUACUUCUCCCGCCUACGAUAUGCCGGUAAUGGACGUGUCGGGCUUGAUGGGCUUGAGUUUGGAUGAUUUGGUGGCCAAGAUUCGAACCCGAGAUAUUAAGCUCUCCAUAGUAGCCCCCACCAAGCUCCCGUUCUUAUUGAGGCUUUUUAAGAGCACGGGAGGUAAUGUACCGAUGCAUAUGGAGAAGAAUUACGCCAAAGACCGCCGACAUUUGAUUCUCAUUAACGGCGAUAUCUUGCCCGAAGUCCCGCUCACCCCACUUCAAUCGACCCUUUCUAAUACCGGUCCAACGAACUCGAUGCCCAUUCAAUCUCAAUCUCAGCCUUUGCAGCAACAACAACAACAACAGCAACAACACCCACAACAACAGCAACACAUAUUGCAGCAGCAACAAACUGUCAUGAACCCCAAUAGCAUGCUCAACAACACCAUGAUGAGCAAACAAGGACCAGACCCAAACCAAAUGAAUGUCAGCCAGAAUUUUUCAGAGACCACCAUGCCCCAAACAAGCAUGACCCAAACGAGGAUGGUGCAGCAGCAGGUGGAUAAUUCCAUGGGACAACAGGCUAUGUUAAGACCGCAGCUUCAGAGACCCAUGAAUCCGAAUAACAUAGCACAGCAGCAAUCUAAUAUGCCCAUGAAUCAGAUGCAGCAAAUGCAAAUGCAACGCAUGCAACAACAACAACAGUUACAAGGACAACAACAAGGACAGGGACAACAACAACGAAUGCAAAUGAUACAACAACAGCAGAUGAUACAACAACAACAACAACAACAGCAACAGAAUCCCCGCCAACAAUGGCAACCCAAUGUUUCUAUGGGAGGGCCAACUCAGUCUAGCGUGUUGAGAGACCGACUCAGCCAAAAAGUUCAACAGCAACAGCUCCAACAACAACAACAACAACAACAACAAAUACAACAACAGCAACAAGGAGCUAAUGCCUCUGACAAUCCAACUUUAACCAAACUUUUGAAUCAUCCGCCUCAAGGAUUGAACCAAAAUGUUCCUGGAGGCAUGACCAUGCAAGGAGGCCGAAUGACGGCCCUUCAGCAACAAUUGUCUCGUCCACUCAAUCCAGUAGCAACAACUUCCCAAAUAAUGAACCCAAUGAUGGCCAAUCAACAGCAACAACCACAACAACAACAGCAGUCUCAAAUGAUGGGACAACAGGUACAAGUUCAACCAACGAUGCAAAUUCAACAACAACAACAACAACAGAUCAAUAGAACUAGAGAAACUAUUUGGGAAGGUGACUUAACAUGGACAGAAAUUUCUAAGACUGAAAAUCAACAAGAAAAAACGAAACAUGUGGUGAGAUGCUCUGUGACUUCUCCUAAGGAUCCUAAUACUGGUCUGGCAAAAGUUAAGUCUGACAAUUGGCCUCGACUUUUGAUCAUGCAAUUAAUUCGCAAGUCGUUGGUGCAAACUUUGGGGAGUCAAUUCUUCCAAAACUCCUCAACUGUCCUAUUCCAUCCGGAGCAGUCGGACUCACUCAUGGCUCUAACUCGUGUUUUGGGAUCAGAUUAUGCUGGUUGCGUGCAUUUUACCGGGGAUAGCAACAAUCGAUGUGAGAUUAAGGUGCUGAUCUUGUUGUAUAGUAGAGAAAAGAAUGCUUACCUCGGAUUCAUACCGAACGACCAAACUACUUUUGUGGAUCGCAUCCGUACAGUGAUUCACGAACAAAAAGAAGGUCAAAAGCAACAACAAUUGCAACAGCAACAGCAUCAGCAGCAACAACAACAGCAACAACAGCAACAACAUCAGCAGCAACAAAUGAAUCAACAAGGUGGGCCUGGCAUGAUGCAGCCUCAAUUGCAGCAGCAAAUGAUGACAAUGGGAGGUGGAACCAUGACCAUGGCUAAUCAAGGUCAACAAUCAAACAUGAUGGGAGGGGGCAUGAUUAGCCAAGGGCCAAAUGUUGGUCAACAACACCAAGACUUUUCCGGAAUGAUAAACCAUCCUCAACUACGCAUGAUGAGGCCGGUCGGAAUUGGAGGCAUGCCUCAGCAUCAGCAAGCUGGUUUGAGACAGGUAUUGCAGCAGCAGCAACAACAACAACAACAACAAUUUCAGCAACGAGGGAUGAUCUCUCAGCAAAUGGUGAUGCAGCAACAACAACCUCAACAGCAGCAGCAACAACAAAUUGGAAGUGCGAACGAUCCAAUGCUUCGGGAAUUGUUGGGAUGAUCACUAUAUACAUACGACAGACAAUUUUCAUUCAGUAUUUACUGUUCUUGCAGUGGUUUUACGCUGGACCAAAUAUACAAUCGAAUCAUCAUUUUAUUUGCAAAUAAGAAUUCUGGAAUUAUGA